AUGCGCGUCGCCCGCAUUAAUCUUGCUAACGUGGCUACGUCCGCAUACGCGGCACUGCUUGUGCUCUGUUUGGCAACGCAGUGUGUGUAUGCUGAGUCAUGGACGCAAAAGUCAGUCGAAAAAGAGAUCACGCUUGGUGGUGCUGUUUCGCAGCUCCGUAUGGACAUUGUCGCUACGCCUCGCAACGAAGCCACGGACGUGGAAGACGGCGAUGUAGUGCCAUACAUCUUUUACCUUUCUGCGCAAGAGCACAAAAGCCAUUCGCUUUUGCGCGCGUCGAUGGCCCCGCCCGGUAAGAAGGCACAACCCGUGGAAGUCCGUACAGGCGGCCUCAUGCCGGGAGACCGCACCACCGCGUUUUACGAGGCCAUGAUCCCUCGCGAAUAUGCACUGGGAACAGAUGAGCUGCAAAUCUUUAUUACCAGCGCAAUGCUGCACACAUCGACGCCGUUGCCCGCGACUGCGCCGCAAGGUAAACCGCAGCACCUCGUUUGGAAGGGCGAUGCGGCACUGCGCACGCCGUACCACACAGGCAAUGCAUUAAUUAAUGUGCGUGUACCCUAUCCAACGAUUGUUGCGUUUGCUCCCCAAAGCAUCGCUACGCGCACCGGCAAGACCAUUACAUACGGUCCCUAUAUCGAUGUCGCGCCCAGCGCAAAAAUGCCCAUUGCAGAGGCGAUGGUGCAUUACGAGUAUCUCCAGCCCGUCGUCUCCUAUGUUGACUUUGCUCGCCAUGUAGAAGUGAGCCACUGGGGCAACAACCUUGCCACGGAGGAUACGAUCGCGCUCAAGAAUGACGGCGCAAAAUUGGAGGACACCUUUAACCGCGCGCGACAUAUGUACAACAAUUUCGUGGAAGGCGGCUCUGAUGCAGUUAACCAGAUCCGCAGCAUCCCUAUUGUGCUGCCUGCUAACGCCGAUGAUGUGUACUAUGUGGAUGCGAUGGGGAAUGUAUCCACUUCAAGCAUGCCGCCCAAAGUUGCAGGACAUAAAAAGCCCCGACGCAUGGAGAUCUUUCCCCGGUACCCUGUUUUGGGCGGCUGGAACUACACGUUUAGCGUGGGCUGGAACCUUAACUUGGAAGGCAAUGGCAUCGCGCGUCGCGUCACAGGCGCGCCGCACCGCGUGCGCAUCGGCGUGCCGUUCCUCAUGGCGCCGAGCAAUGUCGCGAUCGACCAUGCAUCGCUGCGCAUUGUGCUGCCCGAAGGUGCCCAACACGUGGAAGUACAUACACCUUUCUCCAUGGACCUGGUGCAUAUUGGCCCCUUUCCCACCUACCUGGACACGGUGCCGCGUCGCGCCGUUUUGCUCGAGCGCGCCAAGUGCACCUCGAAGAUGAACGGAAUUGUGUUUGUGGACUAUACGCUUUAUCCCUCUGCACAUUGGCGCAAACCGCUGGCGGUGGGCACUGCAGCGUUUGCCAUAUUCAUUGUUUCUGUGCUCUCUCGGCGGGUAUUGUAG